GCUGUUCUGUUUUUGUUUGCAAUUUUUGUUUUCUUGACCAACUUCUGAUGACCUCUCGUACGAUAGUCAUAUGUUUUACAAGGAGGAAAAAAAUCAUUCUCCUUCAAACUUCGGCUGAGAAGUGUAGUGUUUCGUUUCGUACCUAACUUGUUUCAUACUUUACUUUUUAUAACUAUGAAGCCUAACUCCGGCCUGACUCGUUUCCACAACUGUUUUAUUCUUAGAAACGGUAAAAUUAUUAAGGAGGACUUAUGGAUUCGCGACGGUAAAAUCGAAAACCCUGAACAAAUAUUUUAUGUGGAACAACUGGAGGCCGAUGUAACUGUAAACUGCGAGGACCUGCUUAUUGCACCAGGUUUUAUCGACAUACAAAUCAAUGGUGGCUGGGGCAUAGACUUCUCAGCUAACUCAGACAAUGUAGAAGACGGAGUUAAAAAAGUAGCAAAAGAAUUGUUAGCACAUGGUGUGACAUCAUUUUGUCCUACAAUAGUGACAUCAAACAAGGAAAUGUACCAUAAAACUCUCCCUAGGAUACAAAAGACUCAAGGUAACAAGGAUGGAGCCACCAUUCUUGGAGUACAUCUCGAAGGACCAUUCAUUAGCUUAGCUAAGAAAGGUGCGCAUGCUGAUGAGUUCAUACAAUAUCCUGAAAAGGGCUUACAAUCCAUUAUGGAAACCUAUGGGUCCCUAGACAAUGUGAUCAUAGUUACCCUAGCUCCGGAGCUACCAGGAGCCCUGGAAGCUAUAAAAGGUCUCACUGCGAAGGGUAUCAAAGUUGCACUUGGUCACUCCAGUGCCAGCCUCGCACAAGGUGAAGAGGCAGUGAGAAGUGGGGCAAACUUGAUAACACACUUAUUCAAUGCUAUGCUCCCAUUUCACCACCGAGACCCUGGCUUGGUGGGUUUGCUGGCUUCAUCUACUGACAAGCAAGUGUUCUAUGGCAUAAUCUCUGAUGGUAUCCAUACACAUCCCUCUGCACUACGCAUAGCUUGCAGAACGAAUCCUGAAGGUUUGGUGCUAGUAAGUGACGCAAUAGCAGCUCAAGGUUUGGCUGAUGGUCACUACAGUAUUGGAACGCAAUCCGUCACUAUGGAAAAAGGACGGGCUUACGUCACAGGCACGAAGACUCUGUGCGGAAGUACAGCUGGACUCAAUGAGUGUGUAGCAACCUUUAAGGAAUCUACAGAUUGUUCAACGGAAUAUGCUCUUGAAACAGCGUCGUUACAUCCGGCAAAAGCUCUCGGUAUCGACGACAGAAAAGGCAAACUUAACUUCGGAUGCGACGCAGACUUCGUCAUUCUACAUCCGAAAUCUUUAAAAGUAUUAUCAACGUGGAUAGCUGGUGAAUGCGUUUACAAAUCUCCAAGUAACGGUACCGCAAAUGUGUGAUUUAUAAAUUAUGAAUUUAUAGAAAAAUAUUUGUAUAUUUCGACGAAAAUCUUAAAAUAAUGUUUUCCUAACCAUAUAAUGGAAUAUCUAAUUAAUAAAAAUACUAUUAUGACAA